CUUACUGCAGAUAAUCUUGAGGACUUCAUGGCUGAACCUGUUUUUAAGUGAAGUGGGCAAGGCCCAAAUCCUGUGUCAGUUUCAGGAGGAUGAGUGCAUUCUGCGUCUCACAUUUUCUCCAGGUUUAAAAAAUUAAGCAUAGUAGUCUUCACUUGUGAUCUCUGCAUGGAUUAUUUGUCUUGUGAAGAUUCCCAGCAGGGUUAGCAAAUAGUUUGGCCUUUGUCACCUGAGAACUUUUCCUUCCCCCCCAAAUCUAAGGGAAAAGACAGCAAAGAAUUAAAAUAAGUCUUCUCCAAAAAGACAGAAAGACAAACACAGAAACAAAGUAAAGCCAAUAAGUUUCUAAUUAAGAUGCAGCUGCAGAAAUGAAGCACUGUUGAUUCAAUAUAAUUGGUUUAUGUGAAAAAGGAAAAAAAAAAUGUAGAGACUGAGACUUUUAGGGAAAGAGAUGAGAGGGAAAUAGGUAAUAAAAUGAGUAAGAUGCAGGAAUUGCGACUGUGCUGCAGACUGGGGACUGGGCUAACUGCAGAAAAGAGGCUGCUCUUAAAUGCCAGAGACACAAAAAUGGUUUAGAAAGAGGAGUGAAGGACGAGAAAAUAUUAACUGGCUCUUAGUAUCUGGGACACAGUGAAUCCUCAGGAAUUAAUUGAUGAUUCACAGAUACAAGCUCAUCAGUUUUCCAUAAAAGUUUUCCAGUAAGAGCAUAUGUUUGUGUACAUAAUAGUUUUUCACAUAUGAAGAUGUGCUCUAGUUUACCUGAGUACCAUUUAUUAAUGUCUUUUAAAAAGUAAUCUAGAUAUUGUUUUGAUAUCUUAAAUGCAGUUCUUCCUAUUACAGAAAAAGAAUGAUAUGGGGAAAAUAUAUCUGUAUAUACAAAAGACUGCUAGAGUUCAGUGACCGAAGGUUGAGCACAAUUUCGUUUCUUUCAUAAAAGUGAUUUUGUUGAAAUUUCCAUAAAAAGUGCAACUUCUAAACAUUCUUGUGAUAGCUUCUUUGUGACUAUGUUACUGUUCUUGAUUUGCACACGCCUCAUAACUUAGGCCUUCUUUUGUUUGGGGUUGGCAGUUCCAACUGUUAAAGCUCUUGUCUGAUUAUGUGAGACUCCUUAUUUUCAUAGAAGCAGCUUCUUUUCUGCAUUUUCAAAAAAUGGUCUCGGAAGCUUCUCACUGUGGGUCUUUGUUGGGGACAAAGGAUUAUUUAUGCUAAAGGAAAAUGUAUCCCCCACUGAAUUAGCUCGUGGGAAGCAUAACAAGCUCAUUAGUAAUGCUCAGUUGUACUUUGGCCUUUUGCUGGGGUAGAGAGAAGGAAAAAUGACAUCAAGAAGGACAUUCUGCUGUCCUUUGCCUUCUUGCAAAGACAAGAACAGCAGUUUCAAUAUAGUUGACCAUGCAGCCUGCAAUUCAAGUGUGGUUUGGGGAAGAUCUGCCGCUAAGUCCGCGGAGUCCUCUGACCCCCCGGCAUGGGCCAGGUUUGGCUGAUGUUUGUCAGUAUGACGAGUGGAUAGCUGUGAGGCAUGAAGCCACCCUGCUGCCCAUGCAAGAAGACCUGUCAAUCUGGUUAUCUGGUUUAUUAGGUAUUGAAGUUAAGGCAGAAAGGUUAUUAGAAGAACUUGAUAAUGGAGUACUGUUAUGCCAACUGAUUGAUGUUCUUCAAAACAUGGUGAAAACAUGCAGCUCUGAAGAACCAGGGAAUUUUCCAAUGAGAAAAGUGCCCUGUAAGAAGGAUGCUGCAUCAGGUUCAUUCUUUGCUAGAGACAAUACCGCGAACUUCCUUCACUGGUGCAGGCAUGUUGGGGUUGAUGAGACUUACCUCUUUGAAUCCGAAGGUUUAGUUUUGCACAAAGAUCCAAGACAGGUGUAUCUGUGUCUUCUUGAAAUUGGUCGAAUCGUGUCAAGAUAUGGGGUUGAGCCACCAGUAUUAGUAAAACUUGAGAAAGAAAUUGAGCUGGAAGAGACCUUACUUAAUACUUCUGGACCUGAAGAUUCCAUCAGCAUUCCAAAAUCGUGUUGUCAGCAUGAAGAGCUGCAUGAAGCUGUUAAACACAUCGCAGAAGACCCUCCUUGUAGCUGUUCUCAUCGAUUUUCCAUCGAGUACUUAUCUGAAGGACGAUACCGACUAGGAGAUAAAAUACUCUUUAUAAGAAUGCUUCACGGAAAACAUGUCAUGGUCCGGGUCGGUGGAGGCUGGGAUACUCUUCAAGGAUUUUUGCUUAAAUACGACCCCUGUCGAAUAUUACAGUUUGCUACACUAGAACAGAAAAUUCUAGCAUUUCAGAAAGGAGUUUCCAACGAAAGUGUGCCUGAUUCGUCUACCAGAACACCUCAGCCUCCUGAAAUGAAUCCUCUGUCAGCAGUUAGCAUGUUUCAGAAACAGAAUUCAAAACCUGGCACGCCGGUUGGCACUGCAAGGAGCAAAGAGAAGCAGGCACGUCCGCCGGGUGUGCUGUUGCCAGCAUCUUCCCUGAAAGGAGGGAAUCUGGCCUCUGGGUCCAUCCAUCCUAAGUUGCCAAAUUCUCCAGCAGCCUCGUCUCAUCUCAAAAGCAAAUCUUCAAAGGUCCUAACAAAGAAACCACAGGCCUCUUCAAACAGCGUGUCAUCUUCACCUCCUUCUUUAAAUCCAGCAGGUAAAGGCACUUCUUCAGCAGCUUUAUCAAGAACUGCACCUUGUGGAUCUGAGUCACUGAGAAAAUAUAUCUCAUCACCCAGUACUCCUAAGGCCAAGCUUACUCCAGCCCAGAAGUCCAGAGAGGAGCCUGGGUCUGCACGCUUGCCAAAUAAGGGUUCUGGAAAACCCGAGCCAAAGCAUGUGAGGCACAACCAUGUAUCUUCCAGGGAUGAUGCAGUCUCUCACAAGGGUGCGCAUUUAAAUUCAUCAUCCAAGGGUCCAAAGCCACCUAAGACAAAUCUGCACCUAAGGCCUAACCCCUCUCCAUCUUUCCAGUCCCCCGCGAAAGUGACAACAUCCGGUUCCAAGACCGUAACCACGGGUCAGGGAACGCGGUCUCAGCCAUGUGAUGGAGCUCCGCAGGAAGCUGCCCAGAAACCGAAAGAUAAGAAUGUGGUUUCAGUUGUCAAAAAGCAGCCUCAGAAUAAAAGCACAUCCCAGAAGACAGGACCCAGCUCCUCCAGGUCCCCUGGCCGGACCCCACUGUCCAUCAUGAGUCUUCCCCAGUCUUCUGCCAAAACGCAGCCUAAACCAAAGUUGGCACAGACUGCCACCAAGAGCCAGUGCUCAGCCAAAGGCCCUCCCCAAAGUGGCAAAGCCCCGGCUCCGCCCGGGAAACCACCCUCCUCUGGCAGGGAGGCGGUGAGUGGAGAUAAAAAACCUCCUGCAAAGAAAAAGGAAGACGAUGACCAUUAUUUUGUUAUGACGGGAAGUAAGAAACCUAGAAAAUAACUAUAAUGUGUCAUUUUAAGAGACCAGAGGCAAGAGAGAGAGUGAAUGUGUUAGCUUCACAUCUUAGAAGUUUCUCCUAUUUGUGUUUAUCCAACUGGGUUCAGCCAUUAAGUACCGUAAGAUGCAGGCUGGAGUUGGGGUGAGGAAAGGGCUCAUCAGAAUCCACGUGUCUGCAUUCACCAGGAGGCACCGCUCUUUUGAGGUGGACAGUGGUAAAAUCACCACGAGGUUCUAAUCAUACAUAGUUAUAGACGUGUAUGGUUUCCAGUCCACAGCAUCUUUGCUAAUGUUGGCCCAUUAAGGGAAGUGUAAAGUCAAGUAACACUACUGGAGCUGUAACCAUAGUUGCUUUAUUUUGUUGUAACUAUGCGCUUUAUUUUGAAUAUGGAGGUUAUUACCUGCUAACAACAACAGAGGUGCUCUUAAUAAGCUAUUGAAUUUUAGUUCAAAAGCAACGGUUUGGCACGUGCCUUACAAAAGGCACCUAAUUUAGUUUCCUGAUCAGAUUGCCUGAUGGAACAAUACUAAGUACUGAUGGCUGCUACCCGUUAGCUUGCUUUUAUUUUACUCUGGGCUUAGUAGGAUUGCUAUUAAAAUUUUUUUAAGCUUUCCAAUUCAGAAGGAGCUGAUUUUUUCACUGGCUUACAUUAAAAUUGGUAAUAUUUUGUGACCAAUAUUUUUGGUAAAGGAAAAAACAAAUUAAGGUAUUAAAUGUAAGUUGAAAUUUGGAAAAAUUUUUCAUAUAUUAUUUAUAAGAACUUACGCAUUAUAUUUUAGAUGGACAUUGUGCAAUGUGAAAGGGGAAACAAUUUAGUAGCUUUUGGCAUGUUAGAAGUAUUUUUAAAUAAUGUAAUUUUCUACGAAUGCAAAUAUCAAUUUUUACAUUAAAAUAAUGUUUAAUAUCAGAGUUAUGUUUUAACAACCUUAAAAUUAAGGUGAUAUUAAAGAAUCUUAAAGUGGUGCUAUAUAAAACACUAUCAUGUGAUGGUUAUUUUUCUUUAACACAACAAUACUGGUUUUAAUUCGAUUCUUCCAAUUAUGUUAAUUUUCCUUAAUAAAGUCAGGCAACUUCGGUUUUCCAAUGAAUACUGUAUAUGCAGCAUUUUCUGUUCUAUAGGCAGAUUGUCCAAGGAACUUACCUAGAUCAUGUAAUGACUAUAUAGACUCCAUCAAUCUAAAGUGGUAUUUGUAAACAAUUUGUUUUUUUUUAAGAGAUCAUGACUAUUUUAAAAAUUAUUAAUGUACCAUUUCAGAAGUUUUGGUAGUGUAUUUAAUAACUUUACAGUAUUGUCAGUUACCACAAGUUAUUUAUUCAGUAUUGAGGUUUAUGUUUCCUUAUUUUAAACUAAAAUGUGUUUUCGAAAGAAAAAUAAUAGUUCACGCAAAUGUGCAAUCUUAACCUGACUACUAAUGUUUGUAGAUUAUAAAGCAAGAAAUUUUUGAAAGAAACUAAGUGACCCUUUGUCUGAAGACUACAGUUAAAAUCAAAGCUGUACACAGGCUAGUUUUUGAAAUAAUUGAUGCUUCUCUUCUUUUGUUAAAAGAGACAGUCGUCACAUAUUUAGUUUAGUUCCACUGUUGAUCUUGGCCUUGAGGGAGAUAAUAUUCACAUCUUUGGAAAGUGAAGUCAGUGUUGAAGAAGUACCAGAAGCUUUAUAUUUUUAGUGAUAUGAAAUAUUUAAUGGAUCUUUCAAAGAGGAAGAAUUUUACAUACAAGUGGGAAUUUAUUCUUUUGUAAGACCAAACAAUGCUUCUGUAUCACUAACUUCUAGAAAUUAAAAAAAAGUAAGUGCUGUUACAGCCAACCUAUGAUUUCAAAUAGAUUUUUCAAUAUUGUAAACAGUAACUUUUGUGUUGAGAGUAAUCGGAAAUAAAAGUAUAUCAUCUGGCAUAAAUUCCUAGAAUUGUUUUUUUUCCCCAAAAGUUGGAAUUUAAUUUGUAAAUAGCUCUAUCUUUAUCAGGCUGCUGAUAGUAAGACUUUCUAAUUCUUGUAAUUCUGCUUUUUUUGUUUGUUUGUUUUAUUUAUUUUUUAUUUUUUUUAUUUUUUUUUUUGUCUUUUUAUGGCUGAGCCUGCAGCAUAUGGAAGUUCCCAAGCUAGGAAUUCAAUCAGAGCUGCAGCUGCUGGCCUACACUACAACCAUAGCAACACCAGAUCUGAGCCACAUCUGCAUCCUACACCACACUUGAGGCAAUGCUGGAUCCUUAACCCACUGAGUGAGGCCAAGCAUCAAACCCACAUCCUCAUGUAGACUACAUUGGGUCCUUAACCUGCUGAGCCACAGUGGGAACUCCCAAUUCCUGUAAUUCUGUUUUAAUUUCACACUUCAAUACAGUGAGAAUGUUCUUGAAAUAGUCAUUUUAUCCUAUAUUCAUGGUCAGGGAAUUCACUGGAUGAACUUUUAUUUAUAUAUAGCUUACUCUUCCAAAAUAAAGUUUUGGUUUUUUUUUUUAAAUAAGCAAUGGCUGAAAGACACUUUCUUCAAAUAUAUGGGCCACACUCGGGCCUUAUGGAAGUUCCCAGGCUAGGGGUAGAAUCUGAGCUACCGCUGCUGGCCACAGCCAUAGCCACAGCAAUGCGGGAUCCAAGCUGCAUCUGUGACCUACACCACAACUCACAGCAGCACCAGAUCCUUAACCCACUGAGCAAGGCCAGGGAUCGAACCUGCAACCUCAUGGAUCCUAGUUGGGUUUAUUAGUGCUGAGCCAUGAGGGGAGCUCCUCUUCAAAUAUUUUUUGAACUGUACUUAAAAAGCUAGUGUUUCUAAUUGUUUUCACAAUUUUAAAAGUACUAGGUUGAAGUUGCAAGAAGUUUUCAUUUCUUCAUAAUAAUAAUACAAGAUUUUAAGUUUCUUUUUGAUUAAUAUUUAAUAAAAUGAAUAUUAAGCUUAAAUUAGUGAAGUACCCAGAAGAAGAAGUAAUGUGUACUUUCCUUUUUUUUUUAAGGGCCGCACCUGAGGUACAUGGAGGUUUCCAGCAAUCGGAACUGUAGCCACCAGCCACAGCCACAGCCACAACAACGAGGGAUCUGAGCUGCAUCUGUGACCUACACCACAGCUAAAGCAAUGCCAGAUCCCUUAACCCACUGAGUGAGGCCAGGGAUCGAACCUGCGUCCUCAGGUUUGGUAGUUGGGUUCGUUAACCACUGAGCCACGAUGGGAUCUCCAAAUAAUGUGUGCUUUCAAGAGGGAAUGAAAGGUUUACUUUUCAUUACUCUAAUUUGUUAAUGUGACAUGUCCAAUUAAUCUUCAGAGGAAAAUGAAGUGCUGAUUACUUUCACAUUGUUGGGGCUUACAGCUGGUACUAAAAGCUUGUAUCUUUAAAAAUGCUUUGAUAAAUUAGAUGAUCUCUAACUUCCUCUCCACACUGAGUUUAUAAUUCUUAAUGGAUAAGAGAAAUUUUUUGAGAAAAGAACUACCGUUCCUUCUGCAGUAUAUCUCUAUCUGAUAUGAACAUCUAUUACUUCUUUAAAAGGCUUCAAUGACAAGUUGUCAUGAUACAUUCUUAUAUCCAGUUCACAUACUGAUUCCACUUGAAUCCAAAUUGAUGUAUAUUUUCUUGUGCCAGCAGUGUUUGUAUAAGAUUUUAAUUUUAAUUUCUCAAGUAUUAAAAUUUAAACAUAUAUGCCAAAUGCUCCAUUUUCUUUUUUGUGUAUUCUGAAUACCCUAGCACUUGGUUUGUGUGAGAAAUUGCAUAUAUGAAGCAUUCAUAAUUUGAGAAUAGUUUUAACGUUAUUGCUAUUUAAAAUUCUCUCCUUCACUUGUGGAAGUUAUUUCACUGCUCCCAAGAGGUUAUGAGGUUUUGUCAUUAAGUAACAGUAUUUGUUUCCCAAGUUUCUGUAUCUGCUAGAAGUUUGUCCUAGAAAAGCUAGAUUCAUAUUUAAUAAUCUCUGAUGAUAAAAAUAAUCAGUUAUUAAAGCAGAAUUCUGUAGAUCACACAAGUAUUGUAUUCACAGAAAGCUACUGAUAGUAGGAAUUCUCAAUUCCUCUAAUUCUGUUUUAAUUUCAUACUUUGAUGUAGUAAGAUUUUUUUUUUUUU